CAUCACUCAGGGCACGGAUGUAUAUAAGAGAAUAAUUUGAAAACUCGGAGCUCAAACGCCUCGAUUUGUCAUCAUGGCCAAAGUGUUCCCAGCGAUUCUACCUCUCUUCAUUAUUUUGGAAUUCUCACAUUUAGCAGAAGCUUGCUUUGGUUUUUAUGCAAAUUCGGUGACCAACUUCCACCCCAGACAGGACCUUCCAGAUCUUUGUACCACCGGCAAACGCCAAGCGCCUAUUGAUAUUGACACGACGCGAUGCGAAGACGGCGAAUUCAAAAGCGACCUUAAAUGGUUUUUCCACUCGGGGCCACUUAUGAUGGUUAACACAGGUGCUAGAGUCGAUGUGACGUACACGCGCACUGAUGUACGGCCCUACGUUACUGGUGGACCACUGUGCGAUAACUACAUUCACCUGAAUACGCACUUUCACUGGGGAGAAACUGACGCUAAGGGCAGCGACCAUUCUAUUGACGGAGUAUUUGGGCCAUUCGAGAUGCAUUUUAAUUACAUAAAAAAAGAGUAUGGGACACUCGAUGAAGCUCGCAGACACAAAGAUGGACUUGCUAUUGUGGCGGUUAUGUUUGAGCUUUCAUCCACAGACAAUGCGGAUUUAGAAGGCAUUUUGGAAGGUGUGGGCAACGUUCAAGGAGCUCCUGGAGAUACUUUCAUGCUCCAGGACGGCGCUCUUGACUUUGCUUUGAAGAAAGGUUUCUCGGAACAAUGUUUUUACAACUACCACGGCUCGCUGACCUCCAAUCAAUGUCCCGAGGUUGUCAAUUGGAUAGUGAUGAAGAAACCCCUGACCAUUUCCUCUGCUCAGGUCGCUGAGUUUCGAAACCUUGUGGGAAGUGACGGAAAGCCCAUAUUGAGCUUCAGGAGAGAAAUACAGCCUACGAACGGCCGGCAAAUUCUUUGCUCUGGUUGUCUUUGUGGUCGUUAGUGUAAAACUAUAAAUCUCAUUGACAAGUUUCAUUUCACACAUAAAUGUGAAGGAUACGCGAUAGCGAUAAUCUGGAUACACAUAAAUUUAAUCAAGCUGUUUGCAAAUUUGUAAAAUAUUGCAAAAUGAACAUCAAUCUAGCAACUCGGAGAAUUUACAGUCUUUUGCUCUGGGAAUUGUUGAUUUUGAUAGUGCAAAUCAAGAAACGAUCAUCUUAUUGACAAGUUUUACAACAAAAUGUGAUGUUGUAAAUAUGCGAUUAUCGCCAACUUUAUAUUGGCUGCUUGUAAAUUUGUAAAUCGUGUAAUAAACUUCAAUCUCUGGCCUGGCCUUGA